AUGGCCGCCGCCGCCACCGAUGUUGAAGUUGUUGCCGCCGUUCUCAUUUCCUCUCGAGCAUUAUGGCAGCGCGGGGCGGACGAAUGUAUAGGGUGCAAAAGUGGCUAUAGGGAUGGAGAAAGAUGCCGCCGACUGGGGUUGGGAAUUGAGUUCGGCUGGAUUCAUCCCCAUUACAAGUGGGAAAGCCCUGCCCCACCAGAGCUCCUGAAACUUUUUUCUUGCAAAUGCAAGAAGGGAUGCAGAGGUGGCUGCACUUGCCUAAAAGCGGGUCUCAAAUGUUCUGUGAUGUGUGCUACCUGCUCUGGGGAAACGUGCCAGAACGCUGCCCUUAUCAUCAUCGAAGAGGAUGACGAUGACGAGACUCAAGAGAACCCUAACGAGCCUCAAGACAACCAUGACGCUCCACCAAUGAUGGCGUACUCACCUAUGGAGGUGGAUGACGACGACGACGAUCCACCCAUAGUGGCGGACGUACCCGUCGAAGAUACCACCAGCAGCGGACACUACACAGCCUACUACAGACAUCUAUACGAGUACAAUGAUUCUCUUGUCUCUUCGAUUUCGUCGAAUUCUCUCGUCAGUGGGGAUGCUUAUAUUCUUUUUUACCAACAAGAGGCUCACCCCAAAUACAAAUUCAACUACGGAGUUCAAGACACCUUUAAUGGUGACAACAGAUCCAAAAAGGAACAACGUGAUGGUGACUCAGUGAAGGUCUACUACACCGAAGAUAAUCCCGAUGGCACCCUUCGUACUGUCCACUAUUCUUCUGAUGACCAGCACGGGUUCAACACAGUCGUGGAGAGGAAAGAAACUGCAAUCUAUUUAGCUCCAGCUGCACACUCUGCCCCAGUACAGAAUGGGGAUUCAGGAGACGAAGAGGUGAGCUUGAAUGAAGAAGAACAGGAAAAUAAUUAUUCGAUAUCACAUUAG